AUGCCUCCUAUCUCCGGCCAAACCCUCCUUGUCAUCGGAGGCUCAUCCGGUAUAGGAUUUGGCGUCGCAACGCUUGCCCUAGCCGAAGGGAUGCGAGUGGCAAUCGCUUCAUCGAACCCGGAACGGGUCGCGAACGCAAUCGAACGACUCAAGAAAUCAUCAUCUAACGCUACGUCAAUAGUCCUAGGAUACACCGUGGAUCUCGGCCAGAAGGACGUCGAGUCUAGAAUUGGAAAGCUCCUGACAGACGUUACUACUGCCUGCUUUUGUAUAAUGGUCCCGAAUUACUUGAUCAACUCGUCUUCGCCGCUGGGAACCCAAUCGAGCACCGACCAACGAGCGAAAUAG